AUGCUGCGGCCCAACAUCCACCUCGAGUGCCCGCCGUCGGCGCAGCUCGGCAUUCAGCUCGUGGGCUCGGCCGACGGCGGCAUCGUGCUCUCGUACGUCGACGAGAAGGGCCUUGCGUUCCACCACGGCGUGCGCGAGAUGGACUUUCUCAUCAACAUCAACGGCUGCUCGGUGAUUGGCACGACGGCGUAUGACGCGAUGGCGUCGAUCAUUGCCUUUCGCGACGAGCGCAAGGUCGCGUUCACACUCGACUUUAUGUCGGCGACCACAUGUAAAUCGCAUGGCGCGUCGUCCGUCGAGCUCGAAACGCGCUUGCCCAAAGUACUCUACGACGUCAUUUGGACGGUGUUUGACGGCGACUUCAACUUUACGCUCGGGCGCGUCGGCCACAACGUUCUCGCGGUUCGCAAUCUCGUGCUCGACGCGCGCAAAACCGCGAUCGGCGGCCACCAUAUGCGCAACGGCGACGUCCUUUUGCGCGUCAACGGCGUCGAAGUGUCGCCACGAACAACGUCCGAGGCGUGGGCGCGCAAGCCAGUUGUGCUGCGCUUCCGCCGACCGCUCCUGAGCGACAAGGCGGAGGCCGCCGCCAACAUGAUGGACGCGAUCAAGGACUUUCAGGCACUCAUUUCUCAGUGCAGCCUCGGUGACGAAGCCGACGCGGCCGUCUAGGCCCACAACAACUCCAAGUAAACAAUACGAAAGCCAAAUGGACACCACAACAAAAUGCGAAACUGCAAGAUAAAUUCAACCUAAAAAU